CUUGUCAAAGGAUUGGUUUGGUAAUACAAGUCCUAGUAAAGCCAUUCCUUUGUGCAAUCCAGUGAAUAGACUUAAGCCCGGACUGAAAUAAAUGGACAAUAAGCCCAACUCCGAAGCUCUUGUGAUAGAAUUCCACGAUAACAAUAACAGGAAUGAUCGCAAUGAAUACCAAACCGGAAAACAAUCAGAGGAUUGACAACAGAACCACAAACACGGCAAAAUUAAGACGUAAUCCAUUUUCUGGUGAUUAAAACAAGCUUCAGUUGCAAUUAAGAUCUUGUUCAGUAGCUAGUGCUCUUCAGAGAAAGUCGGAGAAAUUUUAAAAAUGGCGAAAAGUGACGCGAGUGUUUCUGCUUUUUCGAAUUCCACUCUUGAAGCGGAAGAAAAUAAAAUAGAUGGUGAUAUUGAGAAAGCUCUGAGUUACACAAAAUUACAACUUCGUAUUAAGGAAUUGAUGCGCAGAGAGAAAAAAUUAAGGAGGAAUAACGAAACUGAUCCGCUGUACUGGUGUGUAAUCGCUGUGGAAUAUUCUGAUUGCUGUGGAAUUAUUCUGAAGAUUAUUUCUGGAGAUCUAGCUAAUCUUUCUAUUCCUGCAAACCUCGAUGAAACUCAAGAUCUCGACGCUAUUAAACGGAAAUAUCGGGUCAUCAAAGCUUAUAAUCUUCUUUUGACACUCAAUGACUGUUUCAAAAGGAUGUAUGGAAAAAUUAAUGAAAUUUACGGUCAAUAUUCCAAAAGUUGUUAUCAUUCUAUUCAUUUCGCUCCAUCUAUCCAGGUGUUUGAAUCAAAAGCAAAUCUCAUCAAAGAAUACAUCGACAUGUUGAAGCAAUAUGUUAAUACAAUGUUCGAGAUGAAACACGUAGACAUUUAAAUUCAAGAAUAUAUUAAAAAAAACAUUCUACAAGAAAAAUAAAAAUAAUAAUUAUGAAAAAAACCAACAAAAAAUAUAUGUACGACACCCCGAGAAAUAAAACCCCGUCGACGGUAAAUAAAGACAUUUUUCAGUGAGUACACGCUUAAAAAAACAAGACUUAUCUCUUACAUAUCGUCGCAAUUAAUCACUUUCCGCUGCGUCAUUUUUCAACUUUUACAAAAAAAAAAAAAAAAAAAAAAAAAA